UCACACUGAUAUAUUCCAUAUCCAGUAUAUUUUUCUUUUUUGCUGAAAAAAAAAUUGCACUGCCGAAGGGAGACGAGACGGAAACAUGACUGAUAAGGGCAAACUGUCUGUGGCUGUGGUCUGUUCCUCCAACAUGAAUCGUUCCAUGGAGGCGCACAAUUUUCUGGCCAAGAAGGGUUUCAACGUGCGCUCCUAUGGCACCGGCGAACGCGUCAAGCUCCCCGGCAUGGCCUUUGACAAGCCGAAUGUUUACGAGUUCGGUACCAGCUAUGAGGACAUACACCGCGACUUGGAGUCUAAGGACAAGGAGUUCUACACACAAAACGGUCUGCUGCACAUGCUAGAUCGCAAUCGCCGACUCAAAAAGGCCCCGGAACGAUUUCAGGAAACCAAAGAAAAGUUUGAUAUUAUUGUUACUGUAGAGGAGCGUGUCUACGACUUGGUGGUGCUGCACAUGGAAUCCAUGGAUUCAGUCUACAAUCGCCCCGUUCACGUGCUGAACGUCGACGUAGUGGACAAUGCCGAGGAUGCAUUGAUGGGGGCAUUUCUGAUAACAGAUAUGAUUAAUUUACUGGCCAAAUCAAACGAUCUCGAUAAUGAUAUUGAUGAAAUGAUACAGGAAUUUGAAGAACGUCGCAACCGAGUGAUCCUGCACUCGGUUCUCUUUUACUGACGACCGACAUUCAUCAACGGUACUUGUAUUUUUCCUAUCCAUCACCUGCGCUUUAGCUACAUAUACUACAGUCCAUUCGUGAGAAAGGGAGUGAGGAGGAAACAGCAGCAUACCAACUUUAAUAAUGGGAGCCAUAAGAAUUGUACAUACAUAGAUUGAGAGCGAAAGCGAGAUUUAGAUUUAUUUAAACAACAAAUUGACAGAUACUAUACACACAAACACGGACAACAGACAGCCCCAUGCAUAAUUUGACACCGUUGUUGGUUUUUUUUUAAACCGCACUCGCAGCAAGCAUUCUCCAUAGAUACAUAUGUGUGUAUUACAACAAUCAAACAAUACGCCGUAGGGUUAUCGGCUUGAAUACUUUUCCUUUAUGUCAUAUGUUUGUAUGUGUGAGCGUCCAACUUAUUUUUUUAAUGCCAAUAAGGAGUACAGUACUAUCGAUGGUACUUCAACAAUUUUAGCCUAGUUUUAUAUUUUAUUUAUCAUUUGAUACCGAAUUUCCCCAACUGGCAGCUCUGGCUGGGUAACGAUCUGGCUCCCCCUUUUCCACACAAAAAACGCAUGGGACGACGACUAAUACACAUACAAUAUACAAACUCUCACCCAUACACAUCCAUUCUUACGAUUCUCGUACAGUGGAUGCGUGUGUAUGAGUAUGCACAACGGAGAACCGGCAACUGGCCGAGGAGACCAGUAGCGCAUUCAGCCCUAAAGGGUGGGCGGACCAUAGCUUUUUUAUUUAAAGAAAUCUAAAAUUAAAAAUAAAAGUUAGACACCUAAUCGAAUCAGUGUGGCAGUAGACCAUUGUAGACUGGCUGUUAGUUUCAAACAAUCGCCGAAGCCCCACAGUGGGGAGGGGCGGAAACAAUCAAGUUAAAAUAAUAAAAUUAUUAAAAAAGCUGUACACGUAAUAAAUUAUUAUAAAA